CCACCUCCACCUCCAUCGCCACCACCACCAGUCUAUUCUCCUCCUCCGCCACCACCAGUCUACUCAUCUCCUCCUCCACCACCGCCAGUAUAUUCAUCUCCACCACCACCAGCUCCGAUAUAUUGCGUUCGCCCUCCACCACCGCCAUGUCCCUUACCUCCGCAACCACCACAUUACUCACCUCCACCACCACCGCAUCACUCACCGCCUCCACCGUAUCACUACAGCUCACCACCGCCACCGCAUCACUCACCGCCUCCACCGUAUCACUACAGCUCACCACCGCCACCCCAUCACUCACCGCCUCCACCUUACCACUACAGCUCACCCCCACCACCGCAUCACUCACCACCACCACCACCAAUUUAUACAUACUCAUCCCCACCGCCACCACCACAUUCUCCACCACCGCCCCCACAUUAUUCACCUCCUCCACCGCCUCCAUGUAUCGAACCACCUCCACCUCCUCCUUGCAUAGAGUACUCACCUCCUCCUCCACCGACAGUCCAUUACAGUUCUCCACCGCCGCCACCAUCAGUCCAUUACAGUUCACCACCGCCACCAUCAAUCCACUACAGUUCACCACCACCUCCAUCUCCAGAAUUCGAAGGUCCAUUACCGCCUGUUAUCGGAGUAUCAUAUGCAUCUCCACCACCACCACCCUUCUAUUGAUUCUUUCAGAGGUAAACCGUUUCAAUUACUCUUUAUCAAAAAGAUCAAAAAACAAGACUUCGUUCAUAGAUUAUUUACAGAGAUCAAAAAAAGAACAGAUUUUAAGAGUGAUCAAGAUUGUCUAGAAGAAGAAGAAGAUGAUUUAUUCCGAUGAAAAUAAGUGAGAGUAUUAUUAUUAUUAUUAUUAGGGAUUCCAGGAAGGAAGAAAAACGAAAAAAAAAAGUUUGUAUAGAGGAUGAUGAUAAAAUCGGGGAGCAACAUCUUCUGCUCCAUUUGUUUUUCUUUCAUUUUGUGUCUUUUUUUUCUUCAGAUUAAUUUUAUUUUUAUUUUUGUGUUCUAUUCAGAGAGUUCCUAAUUCCGUAGUGAAAACUCGACCACAUUUUUCUC